AUGGAGCUGAUUGACAUUGACAUUACAUCUUCUAAUUCAGUUGAAGUUUCUCCAUCUCGUACACAAAAAAAUCAACAUUUCACAACGACAUCAAUUGAACAUCUAUUAAAACGAAAAGACAGUCGAAAAGAAUUUAUUAUUGUUGAGAAUAAUCAAAAGAAGAAGACGUCUACAGCAUGGUCACAAUUCGAUUUUCCAGCACGUUUAACAGAAGAUGGUACAUAUAAUCGUUUACUUGGAUUUGCUAGUUGUUUUCAAUGCAAAUCGACAUAUACAUUUCAACCAGAUAGAAGUGGUAGUACUCACACCGCCACCCACAUCCUCAAGAUUGAAUGGAAUGCAACAUAUGACUUCUAUUUUUUCGAAGUGUUACCAUUCUUACUAAUUAGCGAUCAUAAAUCAAAUAUCAACAGGUCCUACCAUUUCAUCAAUACCAACAACCACAGUUGA